AAUCUAAGAUGAUGAUAAAACGACUCGAGAAAAGCAAUCCAUAACGUCUGGUUAUUAUUCAUCUGCAUUUUUGUCCCUCCCAAACUCUACACUGAAGUCUGAAAGCACAUUUCUUUAUUAAAAUCCAAAACCCAUUUCAUAAAAUCCGAUAACAUUGCUCACCAUCUUGAUUCUGACAAGUUGAUCCAUCUGAGAUGUCAUUUUUUCACUUGAGAUUGUCUGCUCGACAUCCACAUUCAAGCAAGGUUCAAGACACCCUUUUGUGGCCUAUUUCCUCCGUGGUGGAUUAUAUGCAUCGUCAACCAAAUAUGUUGCUCUCAAAUUACCAUCAAUUUUUUGUGAAGAAAGUAUUUUCCUCUUAUUCCUGUAGAUGUUCAUUGAGCCUUCAGCCUGUUAGAGCUUUGCAAAGUUCCAUGGGUGCAGAGGAAGGAUUCAUGUUUUGCAACAGUUGUUGGUCAGAAGAUAGUAUAAAAUCAAAACAGAUGCAAAACUUGAGUGAGGAGGCUCAUGUAUAUGAUUGUUAUAGCUCUCAGGAAUUUUCCAAUGAUGAAGACUACAAGGAAGAGCAAAGGAGGAGGAAGAUAGGACUGGCAAAUAAAGGGAGGGUUCCAUGGAACAAAGGCCGGAAGCAUAGUGCUGAGACACGUUUACGAAUCAAACAAAGAACAAUAGAAGCCUUGAAUGAUCCCCAGGUUAGGAAGAAGAUGGCUGAACAUCCCCGCACUCAUAGUGAGGAAAGCAAGGCAAGAAUUGGGUCUUCAGUGAAGCGUGCUUGGGGCAAGCGUUUGAAAUGGAAACGGUUAGGGGAGAGAUUCUUUCUAUCAUGGAUGAAAAGUAUAGCUGAAGCUUCUAGGAAAGGAGGGAGUGACCAAGUGGAACUAGAAUGGGAUAGCUAUGACAAGAUAAAACAAGAAAUAGUUCUUGAACAGCUACAGUGGGCUGCAGAGAAGGCCAAGGGAAAAGAGAUAGCCAAGGUAAGAGCGGAAAAAGCAAGAGCAGAAAGGAUAGCAAGGAUUGUUCAAAAGAGAAAAGAGCUGGAAGAGAAAGAGAAAGCAAGAGAACUGAAGAGAACGAUGAAAGAAAAAGCAAGGCAAGAUGAGAGUGUGGCAGACUCCCAAGGAAUGAAACUCAAGCAGAGAUUACAAAUGAUCCGCAAGAAGAAAUCCAUAAGCAGUCAAUUCAGUAUUAAUGGAGACACAUCUCAUAUCCCAGCUCUGGAGAAAUUAAAUAUAGAGCUUAUAAAGAAACAGAAAAUGCAGAGUGAAGUUUCACUUGCAGAGCAGAUCAAAGCAGCCAAAAGCAGAAGAGCAGAACCAAUUUCUGCAAAUAUUCUGGCAGUCUCAUCAUCCUUUGUUUCAUAUAAUGCAAGACUAAAAGAGUAAGCUCCAAAGAUGUUUGUUCCUGUAAACAAAAUCAAAGCAUGGUAUGUCAGGCAGAAGGUGAUUUUCCCUUUACUAGCUUCUAUUACUCCUUUCACUGAUAAGUUUAAUCAAUGGUUUCAUUAUCACAUUUGCAGAGGAAGUGACUCUAAUCCAUGAAGAAAAUUUUGAUCAAAGUGAUCAUUGACUUGCUUUGUUCCUGCUCUUGCUUUCAUAUUUUACCAGUUAUGUUCGGUCUGUUACUUUUCUGCUCUCCUCACAAGGUAGCCUAGUGGAUGCCUUUGCACUUGGAGCUUUUGCCUCUCAUCCGAUUACCAUAUUCAGAUUCAAACCGGAGCAAUCCCUGAUGUCUUCUUUUUUUUUGGAGAUAUGAAGUUUUGUGUUGCUUCCACAUGAUACUAUGAAACUAGUAUGUAUAUCUAAACUCACAGUAAAUCCUGUUAGGUAUUCUUCAAUACGGUUCUACUCUUUUGUGAUGUCAUUACACAGUAGUUUACAAACACAUUCCAUUGAUUUGUAUCAUUUUUGUUAUCAAAUGGUAUGUUACGAUUUCUGAUUUAUGCCCAAGUUUUACACAGUUAUCAUAUCUACAAAUAUUGAAGAAAUCUGAAAAACUAUUGGGAUUCAAGGAAUACUUCCAAACAUCAUAUUGUAAGAUGCAUGCCCUCUUCUCGGUGCAAACAAGUCAUUGCAAACUUGGCAAGGUAAUAGAAGAUUUUGAAUGCUCCGUCUCAAGCCAAUUUCACAUUUCCGCGGUCAAAGCUGAAGAUGAGAUCUCCAUAAAAGAAAACGGGAUGUUUUUAAUUUCCUAGACCCUAUAGCUUUUUAUUAUUUUAUUAUUAUUAUUAUUAUUAUCAAACUAAGGUUCCAUACUAAGUCCGUAGGCAUCAAAUUUCAACAGAGCCUCAAUACAAGCUGGGGUUCCCUACAAAUACACAAAAGAUCCCUACUAUGAAAGGUGUUAGAA